AUGAAUUUCGCCUCGCAAAUAGCUGAUAAGGUUGCCGGACACGCACCAACAUCGACUCCGUCUCAACCGAAAUACGAUGAAACACGUACACAACAUGCAAUUAUAUGGCGUGGAAAACGACAUGUUGAAUACGUUGAAAAGCCCAUGCCGAUGAUAUCCGAUCCUCUGGAUAUCUUAUUGAAAAUCACAGCGACAACCGUGUGUGGUUCUGAUUUACAUUUAUACAAUAAUACGAUGCUUGAUAUGCAUGAUGGCGACAUACUCGGUCAUGAAUUUAUGGGUGUCAUCGAACAAGUCGGUGAUCAAGUCAAGAAAUUAAAAGUUGGGCAACGUGUUGUCGUUGCAUUCAAUAUUGCUUGUGGUUUUUGUGACUAUUGCAAACGUGAAGAAUAUUCUGUUUGUGAUACAACAAAUCCGUCAAAGCUUCAAGAGAAACUCUACGGUCAAAAGACAGCAGCACUCUUUGGUUAUUCACAUUUAACAGGCGGUGUACCUGGCGGUCAAGCCGAAUAUGUUCGUGUACCAUUUGCCGACAUCAACUGUUUACCAAUACCCGAUGAUGUACCUGAUAAUAAAGCACUUUAUUUAUCUGACAUUGUUCCAACUGCAUAUCAUGGUUGUUACAUAGGUAAUGUCAAAGAAGGCUCAACUGUUGCCAUCUGGGGUUUGGGACCAAUUGGUUUACUUGAAGCACGUUGGUGUCAAAUACUUGGUGCCAAACGUAUUAUUGGAAUUGACGGUGUUCCCGAGCGACUUGUUUUAGCAAAAAAGAUAGGAAUUGAAACAAUUAAUUUCAAAGAAGUGGAUACAACAAAAAGAUUACUUGAAUUAGUUCCUGGUGGUGUUGAUUGUUCAUUGGAAGCUGCCGGUUUUGAUUAUGCAAAGUCGCUACUUCACAAAAUUGAACGUUUCCUUAAUUUGGAAACAGAUGCCGGAGAUAUUUUAACAGAAAUGAUCACAUGCACACGUAAAGCCGGUACAAUAUCAAUUAUUGGUGUCUAUAAUAAUACGGUGAAUCAUUUUCCUAUUGGAGCAAUGAUGGAAAAACAUCUUCUAGUCGUCGGAGGCCAAUCUUAUACGCAAAAGCAUUGGAAAACGUGUUUAGAUAAAAUCCGUUCAGGUGAAAUGGAUCCCACUAUUGUUAUCUCACAUAAUUUAACACUUAAUCAAGUGCCUGAUUAUUAUAAACAAUUUGAUGAUAAAGAAGGUGGCGCAUUAAAAUGUUUUGUUCGACCGGAAAAUUUUGUUGGAACAAAAUGA